AUGUAGGACUACCUGAUAGACACCUGAAUGGUGUCGAUGAACUACAUAGGCCUAGUUAGUCUACCACUGGCACUGGCCUUUCGCCAGCUACGCGAGUUCAAUAAUUAGAACAUAAACAAAACAUCUUUACUACAGCUUACACUCAGCUCGUUAGCAUACUUUGAUGAGGACACAUUUGAACAGCGAAUAUAUAACAGCGUUUUGUGGAUUUUCAAGUUUAAGACGGUCAUAUGUCUCAAAUGUAACACAGACUAUGGAUAAAUAAGCUUUUCAAACCACGACAGGAAGAUGUCUUCAAAUUCUGUGCAACCAAUUAUAUUCCUGUCUCAUGGAGCCGGACCUUCUUUUUAUAUAGACGCCUCACAGGCGCCGAUGUUGAAAGGUUUAGACAGAGAUUCCAAGGCUGCAAGAGUUCUGAAAAACUUCGCGUCAGACCAUCAGAUCAAAACUCCCAGGGCUCUGGUUGUUCUGAGUGCACAUUGGAAAGAGGACACUUGCACUAUCAACACUAAGGACAAGCACUCGUUAUUAUACGACUACGGGGGGUUUCCUCCUGAGACAUACAAACUUCAGUGGCCGGUGGUCGGGGAUCUGGAUAUAUCAAGGAGGACCAAAGAACUAUUAGAGGCAAAAGGGAUCGCAUGCAGAGAGGAGACUCAACGAGGACUGGAUCAUGGGGUAUUUGUCCCUUUGAAACUUGUAUUCCCUGAAGCAAAUGUACCAGUCGUUCAAGUGUCACUCCUUAAGGGCUUGGACAUGAAUGAGCACCUGAAGAUUGGCGAGGCACUUUCAGAACUGAGUAAAGAAAAUGUAAUGGUUGUAGGCAGUGGGUUCACUACACAUGGAGGCAUAUCUCCGGCAGGUUUAGAGUGGGCAGAACCGUUCAAAAAAUGGAUACAUGAUGUGUUGUCAAACUCGAAGUACAGCGCUGCCGAGAGGAAACAAAAGUUUCUGGAGUACAAGAAAGUGAAGACAUUUUCAAAGGCCCAUCCUACCGCUAAGCAUUUCAUUCCCAUAGUGAUAUGCUGUGCUGCAAGCGGAUAUCAAGCAGCCGACAUUCUUUUCUCUGAGUUUUCAAUAGGUUGUCUUUUAAAUGACCAUUACAGGUUUCCAGCUAAACAGUGAUAACAUCUGUAUUCUCAUUUAAUGAUUACAUUAAAACAAACGUUAUUCA